AUGAUGGAAGAAUCAAAUAGUAAUGCCCAAUUGGACCAUUCGUUGGAUUCAUUUGAUAAACUGUACAAGCCUACUGUUCGUGAUGAGCCCCAAGUUAAACCAGAAAUGGUGGUGAAGAAUUUCGCAAAAGAGUAUCCCACACCCCCACAAAACGGUUACCAAAAGUUCGUUACCUCCCUUGGUUCUAUGUUUGGUACCUGUGGUAUUUUCUGUUUCUUAUGUGAAAACCCCUACAAAAAGGUGGAUCAAGGUGAAGUUGGUCUUGUGCAGACGUUUGGUGCGUUGUCUCGUACGGUGGAACCAGGACUUUCCUACGUCAACACGUGGUCCGAGUCUUUGGUCAGGGUCAAUGUCAAGGUUAAUAUCAGAGAAAUUCCCGCCCAGAGUUGUUUUACAAGGGAUAAUGUCAGUGUGAUCGUCACUUCAGUGGUGUACUAUAACAUCAUUGACCCACAGAAAGCUAUCUUUUCCAUCUCUAACAUCAACGAGGCCAUUGUGGAAAGAACCCAGACUACGUUGAGAGACGUCAUUGGUUGUCGUGUGUUGCAGGAUGUGGUGGAAAAACGAGAGGAAAUUGCCGAUAGUAUUGAGCUGAUUAUUGCGAAAACCGCAUUCGACUGGGGUGUCAAUAUUGAGUCUAUUUUGAUCAAGGACUUGCAAUUGCCUCCAAAGGUGCAAUCCUCGUUGUCCAUGGCUGCCGAGGCCAAGAGAAUUGGAGAGGGUAAGAUCAUUAAUGCCAAGGCUGAGGUUGAAAGUGCCAAAUUGAUGAGAAAGGCCGCUGAUAUUUUGGCUUCGAAACCAGCUAUGCAAAUCAGGUAUUUGGAUGCUAUGCAAAACAUGGCCAAGUCUCCGGGAUCAAGGGUCAUUUUCAUGCCUUCUGCCCAGGAAAUUGAACGCAUGGCUGGAACCAAUGUGAGUGAGGGCGCUGGAGUCGCUCCAUCUCGAAUCGAAGAAGAAGACCCAGAUUGGGCCAAGCCUGCCACCCCUCACCACACGGGGUCAGGUAUGACUAAUCGUAAUAUUGCAAACACAGUGGCCAUCCAGGAAGCAAUGGCUCCCGAGGAAGGACAAACGCCAGAAUAUCUUAAUUAG